AGGUUCGAGUGCGUUUGCGCGGGAAGAAGAGCGCCCUGAAUUUCGUUAGCUCGCGCUGAAUUCCGUCCCUCGCAAAAAAGGACUCGGAUUUGGCGGCUAUGACCACGUCCCUUGCGAUGCCCACUGUCCGUACCUGCGCUUUCUUCCUCCUCUAAUUCCGCCCGGAUUUCACCCCGAUCUGCGUCCUUUCCUAAAUGUUGAGUUUCUUGUGGAGGGAGAUCGGUAUUGACAGGGUUUGCGUCGAGACACAAUCGUGCUGUUGCUUCUUUUUUCUUCGUUUAGGUCACGGACGAAGGCUUGGAGCAUACAGAGUAGUAGUUUGUAUCUGCGGAGGAUUGUAGAGUAGUCAGUUUCUUUUUAUUUAUGUUAUGGUUUUUUAGCUGGCAAUAACGGGGAGUAGGAGAUUUGAGAUUUUUUCUUUUAUCCAUGGAGGAUCAGAUACGGACUGAAUUUUUGAAUAAUAACUUUACGCUGGAGGACGAUGAAACAGCUGAGAAAUGUGCAUCGCUGUGCAUGAGUUUUGGGAUGGAGCCGGAAAUGUUCGUCUCCAAAUGGGAACUUUUCUACCUGAAUCAGCAGCUGGAUGGAGUUCAAGUUUUGAAGGCAAACUUGGAUAGUUUCAAACAGUUUCUGGAGAGGGACAAAAUAGAAUCGUUUCGCAAAAGGCAAACUGGACUGCACUACUACACCAGAGAUGACGUCGACAUGUUGCUUGAUGACAAGCAGGAAACCGAAUGGCAGGAAAAACACCUGCCAGCUACUCCCUCUAAGGAGAGGCCAACAUCAGGAUCUUAUGUCGACCCGAUGGAGCUAACACCCCCUCCGUUUGCUUCAAAAAAUCGUGGAUUCUCAUUACAUACUCCAGCAGAUGUAUCUCUUAAACCUUCAGACACUCCCUUUCAGCGUCGCGUGAAAAAGUUCAACGUGCAAUCUACCUUCAACGAUCAUCUUUCUUUUGAGGCAAGCGAGGAGGCUGUCUCCAAUUCUGGCGACGAUGAUAUUUUGAAGCGCUUGAAGCCGGUGCGACGUUGUGAGGUUGACGUUGUGAGGACUGGUCCUGAGCCCGGAAUUCGAUACAUGUUUGACCAGACCGAGAACAGGUUUGGCGCAGUGGACAGACGGAUACAAAAUUUUGCCAAGGUGUUGGAGGAGCGUUUGCAACGGAAGAUGAACGAUCAUGUUGCUGUUUCCUCUCAGGAAAAGGUAAUGGUGGUAGGUAGGAUUUGUUGUGAUGCAGAGGGCCAUCUCAAUGACAAUUCUAUUCUUUUAGAAGGGAGUGUGGAGCACUCAAAUGGGCAACGUGUUCGCCUUGAUCUUCGUAAUAUACCUAGAUUUUCCUUCUUUCCUGGUCAGGUACUAGGCGUUGAAGGUCAAAAUCCAAGUGGGUUUUGUCUUAUGGCUACACGCAUUUUUGAUUCUAUUCCUGUAUCUUCGUCCUCACUGAAGUCUGAUGAACCCCCAACCAAACGCCGAACUUCUAGUCGAGAUCCGAGUGACUCUGAACCUCGACAAUACACACGCAUUGUGGCUGCAGCGGGUCCAUUCACAACCAAUGACAACCUUGCGUAUGAGCCACUUGUGGAACUUUUCGCUUAUGCAAAGAAAGUUCGGCCGAACCUAUUGAUAUUGAUGGGUCCGUUUGUAGAUUCUGAGCAUCCACAGAUCAAGCAGGGGACUGUCGGCAAGUUAUUCUCCCAUAUCUUUCAGGAAGAGAUCAGGAUGCGGGUGGAGGAUUAUUGUGAAGAAAUGGGUGAUGGUUGUCGGAUUGUUUUGGUUCCUUCUCAUCGUGAUGCCCACCACGAUCUUAUUUUUCCUCAACCUCCAUUUGAUGCUGAUGAAUUCGAGGACCCAAAUCACCAGAUAACGUUACUUUCAAAUCCAGGCGUCUUGAAAGUUGAUGAGGUAACUGUGGGAUUUUGUACAACCGACAUCCUGAGACACUUGAGUAGCGAAGAGGUGUCCCGAGUACCUCAAGGAGCAUCCAGUGAUCGAAUGACUAGACUUGCUUCACAUCUCCUUUCACAACGCAGUUUUUAUCCCCUGUUUCCGCCUCCACAAAGUGUCCCACUGGACUUAUCAGUUGCUCCUGAGUCGCUGGAUCUAUCGUCUUCGCCAGAUAUCUUGUUGCUGUCCUCUAAUCUUGCUCCAUUUGUGAAGGUUUUGUCUUUACCAGCGGAUAUACAACGGCAGGAGAAUAGAGAGAAGGUGGAAAAGGUUAAAUGUAUUUGUAUCAACCCAGGAUAUGCUGCAAGAGGGAUGUCUGGAGGCACUUUCACUGAGAUUCAUCUUUCAAGUGGAGAUUCAAACACUGAAUUAGAACCUCUUCACAAAAGGGCGCAGGUCAAAAUCGUACGUGUUUGAAAACAUCUGUACAUUGAAUACAAGUUCGAACUUACAAUAGUCACGUGUUCACCUUGACAGUCGACGGAAUUUUUAAGGGUCAAUUUUUGUGUUGCCAGAUCGCCGCUAGUACCUUUCACAGUUAUUGACGACUGGUAGCGAGGUAUUUUGCUGUAAGAUGCAAACUCAUGUUGCAAUGUACUCAUGUUGAAAUUGCAUCUCACUUAUCAAACUUUGUGAAAGAUUGAAUACUUCAAAAAUAUAUAUUUUUUAACUAACCCGUUAAAUAACACAUUCUUCUUAAA